GAAUGGAUACACACAUCCCUUCUCGACCCGUUGAUCGUGAAAAAGCAGAACACGAUCUUUCAAUCAACAUAAAAAAGGCCACGAGCCCUGAGGAAACUGCUCCAAAACAGAAACAUGUUCGAAAAUGCAUUGUAUAUACAUGGGAUUAUCAUACUUCGGAGUCGAUUUGGACUGGGCUUAAAGUUUUGCCAAUUUUAACCGAUGAAGUACAAACUUUUAAAGCUUUAAUAAGCGUUCACAAAAUUAUUCGAGAUGGUCACCCUUCUGCCUUGAAAGAAGCACUAAAUCAAACUAACUGGCUUGACUCUUGCUACCGUUCUAUCAAUGGAGAUGGUGUGCGAGGUUAUGGUAUACUUAUUCGUAAAUAUGUCGAAUUUCUCAAGGCUAAAUUGGAUUAUCACCGCCAUCAUCCGGAAUUUAAUGGAAAUUUUGAUUACGAAGAUUAUAUUAGUUUAAAAAAUGUGGAUGACCCUAAUGAAGGAUACGAAACCAUCAACGACUUGAUGAAUUUACAAGAUCAGAUCGAUUCAUUUCAAAAAUUAGUUAUUGCACAAUUUCGAGGUUUAUCCAAUAACGAAUGUCGUAUAGCUUCUCUUGUGCCAUUAGUAGAAGAGAGCCAUGGCAUUUACAAAUUUUUAACCAGCAUGCUUCGAGCCAUGCACAAACGCACCGAUAAUGUAGAUGCAUUAAUGCCUCUUAGAACUCGAUAUAAUGCACAGCACUAUGCUCUAUUGAAGUUCUAUUAUGACUGCUCUAAUUUGAAAUAUUUGACGAGCUUGGUUACCGUGCCUAAGCUGCCACAGGACCCCCCUACUCUAAUCGACAAUAGUGUACCACCGCUACCGAAGCGUCCUCAGUCAAAAUCACCCGCACCAUCAUCUUAUUCAGAACCUGAACCUAUAGCAGAAUUCUGGAAAGAAAAUGAGGCUCAAAAACAACAAGAGCUAGAAAGACAAAGACAAUUAUAUGAAGAACAACAAAGGCAACUUAUGCAACAACGUGAACUUGAGCUUCAAAGACAGCGUAUGACGGAAAUGCAGCGGCAGAGAGAAUUGGAAGAACAACAACGAUUGCAGCAGGAAAGGGAAAGAUUGGCCAGAGAGCAGUUACUUAGUGAACAAAUACAAAGGCAAGCUGAGGGAAGAGUUGCUGAAUUGGAAAGAGAACUCUUAAACAAGAGAAGUCAGGUUGAACGUGAUCAAAUGAUGCUGGAGCAAUAUGACAGGAGGGUUAAAGCUCUCGAAAAUGAGAUGAGCAAAUUAAAUUUGAAUGCACAACAACAGAUUAAAUCCAAGGACGAAAUGAUUAAAAAUUUACAAGAUCAAAUUCUAAUGUGGAAGAAUAAAUACGAAGCUCUUGCUAAACUUUACUCACAAUUACGUCAGGAACAUCUUGACCUUAUUAGUAAGUUCAAAGCCGCUCAGCUCAAAGCAAAUUCUGCACAAGAAGCAAUUGACAAGAUGGAAAGAAUGGAGCGUGAUAUGCGUUCUAAGAACCUAGAGUUGGCAGAUAUGAUAAGAGAGAGAGAUCGUGCAAGACAUGAAUUGGAUAGAUUAAAGAGUAGCCAACGGGAAGAUUUAGAGAGAGUCAGACGUGACCUUACAGAAGCGAAUGCUAGGGCAGAUGAACUUUCUCGUUCAAAGAGCAAUGAAAUUAGCUCAUUGAUGUCUAAAUUUAACAAAGAAAAACAGGAACUGGAAGAUUCGAUAAGAUCUAAGCAAUCAUAUGUCGAUGAUUUAUUGAGACAAUUGGAAGGCAAGAAGCAUGAAAUUGAACAAGUAACACAGGCAAAAGAUGAAGAGGUUGCAAUAAUGCAAGCUGCGAUGGAUCAAAGUGUGAUGCUUGUAGCACAAAUGCAACAGUCCACAUCAGAAUCAGAAAAAUAUCAAGCUAGAAUUGAUAAUUUGAUGCUUGAUAACUUCAGAAAUUUGAAUGAUAUUCUCGACAGUAUAUUUCAAACAUGUAUUCAAAAGAUUGAUGAUAGUUUGUAUGAAUUGGAGUCUCCAAUGCAAGCCGGAAAUCAGAAUUCAACACCAGAGUAUACUUUAUCAAUGAUAGAGAAGGCGACAACUGAGGCUUUAGAAUUCACCUCUUCUCUUAAAAAAUUCUUACAAAGCGAUCGGACGAAAGAUCAUACUGAAGUGAUCAAGUCUGCUACAAAUUUCUCACAAGCAAUUUCUGACGUGCUGAUAAACGCUAAGGGUACUAUACGUCUUGCUGACGAAGACGAUGAAAUAACAGACGAAAUUGUGCGAACUGCCAAAAUGGCUGCAAAUAUGUCUCAGCAGUUCUUGUUGAAUGUACAGUCGUUCAAGCUCGACAAUUUGUCUGCAUCACAAAGGCCUGAGGUGGUCAUGCAAAGUGAGAUGAAUGUUCACAAUGCUCUGCAAAAGGUCUCUAAAGUAGUCGAAGGCAUGUUGAGACAUAAUCUAGAUGUUACUAACAGAGCCGAGGGUGAAAUUGGCAAUUUAGUAGAACAGGAAAUGAUGAAUGCAGCCAAAGUAAUUGAGGCAGCCACUGCAAGAAUUCAAGCGUUGAUGUUACGACCACGAGAUACUGGUCUUUCUGCUACCGAACUAAAUGUUCAUGAUGCAAUUCUAGAGUCUGCAUUAGCUGUCACGAAUGCUAUCGCAAAUUUAAUACGAUGCGCUACUGCUUCACAGCAAGAGAUAGUUGCACAAGGACGUGGCUCAAGUAGUACUGCUGCUUUUUACAAAAAGAACAAUAGAUGGACAGAGGGGCUUAUCUCCGCAGCAAAAGCUAUUGCGGUUGCCACUAAUCUCCUUAUAGAAAUUGCAGAUGGGGUCAUUCAUGGUACUCGUUCUCUCGAACAACUUAUCGUCGCUUCAAACGAGGUUGCAGCCGCAACAGCGCAGCUUGUUGCAGCUUCAAGAGUUAAGGCAGAUUUUAUGUCAAAGACACAGGAUCGAUUGGAGGCAGCAUCAAAAGCCGUCACUGAAGCCUGUAAAGCUCUUGUAAAAGCUGUGAAAGCUAUUGCGGCGAAACAAAUAGAGGGAGAACCGAUUAACUACUUUGAACUGACACCUCAUGACUUUAAGGUCAAAGAGAUGGAGCAACAAGUGGAGAUAUUAAAACUUGAGAAAGAAUUAACUAAUGCUCGAAGAAAAUUGGCAGAAAUGAGGAAGCAUGGAUAUCACGACGAGGAAGAUUAA